CUAAUUUUAAUUUAAAGAAGAAGCAACCUAUUAUACACAAUUUUCCAGUGUUUAAUUAUAAAAAAUGGAUAUGUUAAAAGUUGAAUCUCCAGGCAGCGAAUUUAGUGAUAAUAAGCCAAUACACGAGCAUCAGCCACGCUUAAAUGAAGUGGCCCAAAAGUUUCUAGCUGACUUGGAUGAGGAGCGCGGUCGCUUGGCUGCAGAAUUUCCACUGUGCGCACUGUUAAUAGACGAAGCUGUGGAUCGUGUUUACUGCACCGGUCGCAUACCUGGUCGCGAGUUCUAUGCUGAUGUCUACAAGCAGAAGCCAAUGAAAAUUACACAAAAAGUUUUUGUGCCUGUCAAACAAUAUCCAAAGUUCAAUUUCACAGGUAAAAUCUUGGGGCCCAAGGGCAACUCGCUGCGUCGUCUGCAGGAUGAAACCCAGUGCAAGAUUGCCAUAAAAGGACGCAGCUCUAUACGAGAUCGUGGCAAGGAGGAGCAGUUGCGCAACUCGGGAGAUCCACGCUAUGCGCACUUGCAGAAAGAUCUCUUUCUGGAGGUUAGCACGGUAGCUACACCAGCUGAAUGCUAUGCGCGCAUAGCCUACGCUUUGGCCGAGAUACGGAAGUACUUGAUACCAGACAAGAACGAUGAAGUCUCGCAUGAGCAGCUACGAGAACUAAUAGAAAUGAAUCCCGAGUCAGCCAAGAACAUACAUGGUCCAAACUUGGAGGCUUACAGAUCUGUUUUUGACAAGAAGUUUGGUACCAACAGUGGUGCGCCUAAGUACUUGAAUCUCAUCAAACGUGCAGCGGAAAAUCCGCCUGAAGUGGAAGAAGCUGAGGAGGUUGCGUACGAGUACGAGCAUCGCAUUCCAAAGCGUGGCCCACAAUCACCCUAUGAAUAUAAUAAACCACGCCCAUCAAUAAUACCAACAAGCGCAGCUGCAUAUAAACGGCCUCAGCCUUAUCAAACUGACAUGAAACGUAUGCGUGAACCACCCAUCAAGUCUUAUAAACCAAAUACGUACACCAUUUUGAAAAAGUAUAAAUGAUAUAGGAAUUCAGCGAUAGCUGAUCCAAAACCUAUUUUCCCUCCCCUGAAUAUAAAUAAAUAAGGAAAGACGUUGUAAUAAUUACCUAUAUAUGCAUAUAUAAAUUAAAUAAUAUACAAAAUAUCGUUUGGUUUCGGCCUUGGGUAUGUCCAAUGCUAGACAAACAUAAAUAUUAUAUAACUGCAAAUCAAUUAAAGAAUGUUCUUAAAUUUAAAGAAUUAAAACUGUUCACCAAGCAUUUUGUGAGCAGCGCAUAAUUUCAAUUAUAACUAAGCAUAAAUAAUUAAAA